GGCGGUGCCCAGCCGCCAGCUCUCGGCCGCCGCUCGGCGUGCGCCCACCGCGUUCCAGGCGGCGGGAACCCAGGUGCCGCCAGGCGGGACGCGCCCGAGGAUGUGCCGCUGGCCGCUGCUCCUGCUGUGCGGCCUGCUGCCCGGCGCGGCGGCGGGGGGCUCGGGCCGGCCCUUCCCGCACCGCACCCUCCUCGACUCGGAGGGCAAGUACUGGCUGAGCUGGGGCCCGCGGGGCAGCCGGCUAGCCUUCCGCCUCGAGGUGCGCACCGCCGGCUACGUGGGCUUCGGCUUCUCGCCCACCGGGACCAUGGCCGCGGCCGACAUCGUCGUGGGCGGCGUGCUCCGCGGGCGGCCCUACCUCCAGGAUUAUUUUACAAACGCAAAUAGAGAAUUGAAAAAAGAUGUUCAGCAAGAUUACCACCUAGAAUAUGCCAUGGAAAAUAGUACACACACAAUAAUUGAAUUUACCAGAGAACUGCAUACAUGUGACAUAAAUGACAAGAGUAUAACGGAGAGCACGGUGAGGGUGAUCUGGGCCUACCACCACGAAGAUGUGGGAGAAGCGGGUCCUAAGUACCACGAAUCCAGUCGUGGUACCAAGAGUCUGCGGUUAUUGAAUCCUGAGAAAACCAAUGUGUUGUCUACAGCCGUACCAUACUUUGACCUGGUAAAUCAGGACGUCCCCAUCCCAAACAAAGGUACAACAUAUUGGUGCCAAAUGUUUAAGAUUCCUGUGCUCCAGGAAAAGCAUCAUGUAGUAAAGGUUAAGCCCGUGAUACAGAGAGGCCACGAGAGUCUGGUCCAUCACAUCCUGCUCUAUCAGUGCAGCAGCAACUUCAGCGACAGCGUCCUGGACCACGGCCACGAGUGCUACCACCCUAACAUGCCCGAUGCCUUCCUCACGUGCGAGACUGUCAUUUUUGCGUGGGCCAUUGGUGGAGAGGGUUUUUCCUAUCCACCUCAUGUUGGAUUAUCCCUCGGUACUCCGUUAGACCCUCAUUAUGUGCUCCUGGAAGUCCAUUACGACAAUCCAACAUAUAAGGAAGGCUUAUUAGAUAAUUCUGGAUUGAGGUUAUUUCACACGACAGAUAUAAGGAAAUACGACGCUGGGGUGAUUGAGGCUGGCCUCUGGGUAAGCCUCUUCCACACAAUCCCUCCAGGCCUGCCUGAUUUCCGGUCUGAGGGUCACUGCACCCUGGAAUGCCUGGAAGAGGCUUUGGAAGUUGAAAAACCAAGUGGCAUCCACGUGUUUGCUGUUCUGCUCCACGCUCACCUGGCAGGCAGAGGCAUCCGGCUGCGUCAUUUUCGCAAAGGGGAGGAAAUGAGAUUACUCGCUUAUGAUGAUGAUUUUGACUUCAAUUUCCAGGAGUUUCAGUACCUAAAGGAAGAACGAACAAUCUUACCAGGAGAUAAUCUAAUUACUGAGUGUCGCUACAACACAAAAGAUAGAGCCCGGAUGACUUGGGGAGGAUUAAGCACCAGGAAUGAAAUGUGUCUCUCAUACCUUCUUUAUUACCCACGAAUUAACCUGACUCGAUGUGCGAGUAUCCCAGACAUUAUGGAGCAACUUCAGUUCAUUGGUGUUAAGGAGAUCUACAGGCCAGUCACGACCUGGCCUUUCAUUAUUAAAAGCCCCAAGCAGUAUAAAAACCUUUCUUUCAUGGAUGCAAUGAAUAAGUUUAAAUGGACUAAAAAGGAAGGUCUUGCCUUCAAUAAGAUUGUCCUUAACCUGCCGGUGAACGUGAGGUGUUCCAAGACAGACAACGCAGAGUGGUCGAUUCAAGGGAUGACAGCAUUACCUCCAGAUAUAGAAAGACCCUAUAAAGAGGAGCCUUUGAUGUGUGGAGCUUCUUCCACUUCUCUGCGUGGAAGUGCGUCUCUCGAGCUGCUCCUGUGCUUCAUGGUUUUGGGCGGCACACUAAGCACCGCGAGCUUGUAAUUACGUGCACCGCUAAGCACGUAAUCCUGUUGUGCUCCGUCACCAUGGUUUUCCGAGAUCCGAAAGUGCAGGUUAAAGACACUUCGGGCGUGAAGGGUGAGGGCGAAGCUCUUGGAGACUUUCCUUUCACGUGUUCCCUUCCUCCCCUCCCCCUCUUCCCAGGCUGCCUGAGAGAUGUGAGUCGGGUUCUCGUCUUUUCCUCAGAAACAUCUGAUCAAAUGUAUCGACCCCCAAAUAGAGCAAAGCUGGCCUGACUUAAUAUAACCUCUUAAAAACUAUGGAUAAAGUCAAGUGGAAGUAAAAGAAUUCUUUAUCUCCUUCUGUAUUUCAUUUUAUUGAAAUACUCCUUGUUAUUUUACUUUUUAAAAUUGUUGAUUCGGUUUCUAUAUUCCUUUUUUUUUUUUUUUUUUUAAUGUUUUCAUCUUAAAGGUGUAAAAGGAAGUACUCUCCCUUCCAGUUGUCUUCCUCUUUAUUGCUCUCUGGUGUGACUUCCCAGAUGUAACGGUGGUCCUUCCUACCUUUCCGCGUUACCUGGUUCUGUCCUUUUCUGUGCAUUACCCACGGACCUCAAUGCUUUCUGAUGGUGCCCAUUCUGAGUCUGAGUCCCAAACUACCCUGAAUCCAUCUCAAAGUACUUUUUUUCCCCCUUUCCCUGCUCAGCACUGGCCAGGUGAGUUUUUUCCUUGAGCUCUGUCACUAUCUAAAAAGAAAGAGGUUAUGGGGAACAUAGAAAUGGUACAUAACUGAUUGUAGGCUGAGGAGAAAAUGUAAUUGGCUGCAAACUCUGUGCUGUGAGGGGUGUUUUGUGGGGCUCCAGGGCAAAGGCCAGAUAGUGUGAACCAGCUGAGGAGGGUGUGAGGUCCCUCCCUGACCAUGGUGGGUGUCACACGUGUUGCAUACUGGCUCAAUCUGAGUCACAGUUGCUCUUGUAGAUGUAUUUUUAUAUUAGAUAAUAAACUAACUUUCCAUCGUAAAAUUGUCACCAACUGAAAAUCUUGUCACCUUUUUUGGUUCUCUUGGUAUAGUAUAGAUUAGCCAAAUCUUGUUUUGUGUCUUUUGCUCAUUUCUUAAACUAAGUCUGUUUGGAUCAUAUUAAUAAACUAAAUAAAAUUAAAUUUUUGUGUGGUAUCUUGCAUACUCCUUGAGACAAUCAAGUGGUUCAAUACCGCUUGAUUUGCCAGUCCAAUCAAUUAAGAAUGUUGCAAUUUCCAUUCCAUUUUUAAGCCAUCUCUCCCUAGCAAACAAUGUCUUCAACACAAACUGUAUUGUCUUUUAAAUAAAUAUUAUGUUUCGGAGUUUUUCCUUCUUGAUUCUCAGAAUUUGUCCAUCUAAUGAAAUACUUGUAAUGUUUUUGAGGAAUAUUUUAUUGUUAACUUUAAUUCUUUUUAUUUCAUAAGUGUUAUAUCAGAUUCUAUGAUUUUCCUUCUAAAUAUUUAUGUAAGAAAUAUGAUCAUCUCAAACACUCCCUAUUUGAAAUCUCAUGUUUAUUUUUACUUCAGAAUUUCUGAAUCUGAGAUAUCAAAGUAAAAUGAUUUCCUUUGGAAAUUGUGUGAUAUUAUAUUUGUUUUCAUUGUUCUUAGUAAGGAAGGUGCACAUACUGGCUAGAAAAGGAUACACAGCUUUUGGAAACUCAAAUCUUUGGAGCCAGGGGAAUCUAUUUUUCUACUUAAUGUUGCUAAGAAUAAAGCUGACAUUCUUCUGGUAGGAAUUCUCAUGAAUAUAUAUAAUUUUGAGGCAUUGACUCUUUCUUUGAAAUUGGGAUAGGUUAUCUGUUGAAUAUUUGGUAGGAUUCUGAUUAUAUUCUAAGUUAGUUUGCUCUUUAGUUGAGCAGACCUUCCUGAACAGCCCAGGCUUUUUACUGCUGCCCUGGAUCAGGUCACAGUACCUGUUUCCUAGGCUGUCAGGGAGGAGUGCCUGAGACUCAAGGGAGGACAGAGUCUCCAUGUACAAUGGUCCCUGGUUUGAGCCUCCGUGUGAUAAAACCAAAAUUCAUCAAGGCCGUGUGAGGUUGAAAGUAUCUUGGGUGAUCAUUUCCUCUGGAGUAGUCUCAGGCAGGGUCAAGGGUGAAAAGAGUGAUUCGAGUGAUGCAGUCAACAGAGGCAGAUGACUUAAGAGCUCUGGACUUUAUCUUAACGGCUACGGAGGCCAACGAUGAAUAGCAAAUAGCAGGACAUUUGGAAGCAGGAUAUAACUGCACUGUACAAUUUGCUCAACUAAACUCUUAUUGUUGGACGUACAGGCCAUUUCCAGUUUUUCAGUAUGAUAAACAUUGCUGUGAUUAACGUUCUUAUAAUUAAAACUCUCAUUUCUAUAAGUAUUGCCUUAUAAGUUACUAGAAGUGGAAUUACAUAUUAAUAAUUGCAUAUUUUUGAGAAUUUUGAUGACUACUGCCAGAUGCCUUCAACUUGUUGUUCAAAUUAUUCUCAAAUGGUUCAAAGAAGAAUCCUAUCUAUCUAUCUAUCUGUCGCUCUAUCAUCUAUCUAUCUAUCAUCUGUCCACAGAGAGAGAAUAAUAAUUCAAUAUAGUAAAAUGAUACCAAUUGAGGACUGUGGGUGAAAGAUAUAGGAGUUUUUUAAUACUAUUCUUGCAACUUUUUUAAAUUUGAAAUUAUUUCAGAAUAAAAAGUUACAAAUGCAAUAAUGAAAGAUCCGCCUAUAGUAAAGUGAUCCAGGCAGGUGACCUUCCCUAGACAGUGGCGAAGAGAGAAGUUGGAACGUGAUUAUGCCUCAGAUACCCAUGGGUAAGUGCAGGGAUGACUGGCAAUUUGCCAGUUCUGACUAAGGGUGGAAUAUAUUCCCAGUUUAGAGGUCCAGAACAAAGGGCUUGAAAAAUUUAGGGAUUUGGAAAGGAUCCCAGAACAAAAAAGGAAGAGGUUUUGGAGCUGGAAAUCAUUAAAAACAUGUAUCAUUUAUUUCAUGUUUUUUCCCCUGAUUAUAAAUCUAAUGUGUAGUAAUGCCUAUUCACUUGAAGAAAAUUUAGAAAAUAUGGUAACUUAAAAAAUAGACAAAACCCAAAUCUGUUAAUCCUAUUACCUAGAGACUACCAGCUCUAACUUUUUGGUUCAUAUGCUUCUAGUAUAUGUCUGUGAAAGUAUAUAUUUAUGUGAAUCCAUAUUUAAUAUUAGAUAACACUAGCUUCUGAAACAAAUUCCAAAAUAUCAAUGGCUUAACGUAAUAAAGUUUAU